AUGACAGCCUCACAUUUUUCCAUCCCGUCGGCCUGCACAGUGGGUCAGGCGCCAACUGCGCACACAACCCAAUGGGACGAUCGCGGAGUCGUUCAAGUUCCAGUCCCUACAAAUCACGGCACAAAAGGCAUCGAAGCCGCUCGAGAGACCGGGGCAAAGAAAAAGAUCGUUACAAAGAUAAGGGUGAUGAAUAUGGUCGGGACAGGAAACGAUCCAGAGGUACAGAUAAAUCCCACCGGGAUUCACGGCGUCAUGAUCGCCGCAGACGGUACACCUCAUUCGUUUCUUUGUAACGAUUGUUUCCAGAAGUUCCACGGGUUCGAGCUACGAUAGUGAUGCUGAAAGGCGAACACGACGCACGAGAAUGAAGGAAAUCGACAGAAAAAUAGAAGAGGCGCGGAAACGUGAGGAAGCUGAAAAACGAUUAUUGGAACAGAAAGAAAAAGAGCGACGCCUAAAGGAAGAACGUGAGCGUGAGGCAGAAGCGGCCCGUCAGCUGGAGGCCAGAGUGGUGGAAGCAUUCGAGGCCGCUUUGGUCGAUCGUGCGGAUGAUCUCCAGGCUGAGUUGGAGCGCAGGUAUCAGGCGGAAAUUGACCGGCGGGUGAAGCAGCGCCUCGAUGAGCUUGAACGGGAUUAUCAACGGAAGUUGGAAGAGGAGAAACGACUUGAAGAAGAGGAAAAACGGAAACAGGCAGAGCUUGAUCGGAUCUUGGAGGAGAAUAACAGGAAAUUGAUGGAAGCUCGGCGUAAAGAGGACCCCUCCCUACAGACCCUGUUCGCUAUCACUGGGUGAUGAAAUGAAACGUGUUUCUUCUUUUUGUACAUAUGUAUUUUUUGCACAUUUAUUCUUCCAAAUCGUCCUUACAUGUAGGCGAAAACAGUGCAUCAAACGCCUCCGUGUUCCUUAUUUGCUUUCUUUGCUGUUUCACCGUGGUGCAGUCACUUUUCCGCUUGC